UCAACGUUUCUUCUUUUCAUAACAUUUCCUCAUUUCUAAAAAUCUUUAAUGGCUUCUUCUUCCCAUUAUCACUAUCACAGAGAGGGUGAUAAGGAUGCAAUUGAUACCGUUUUUGAUGAUUUGUUUGAAAACACCGAUGUUAUUCCAGAACCCAAAGAGCGAAAAAAACGUAUUUUUAUUGAGAGAAACCGGGAAGAAGGCGACAACAAACUCUGGCAAGAUUAUUUUAGUGAAACGCCAACAUACGACCACAGUUUAUUUCGGCGCCGGUUUCGAAUGAACAAACCAUUGUUCCUCCGUAUUGUGCAUCGUCUCUCAACAGAAGUACCAUAUUUUCAAGCAACUGAAGAUGCAGCCGGACGCCGUAGUCUAUCUCCCCUCCAAAAAUGUACGGCAGCAAUUCGUCAACUAGCAUAUGGUGGUGGGGCUGAUACAGUCGACGAAUAUGUACGACUUGGUGAAACAACUGCUCGAAAAUGUUUGCACAAGUUUACUGCCGGAAUAAUCCACUUGUUUGGCGAUCAAUAUCUAAGACGUCCCACACCGGAGGAUCUUGAUCGACUUCUCCGCGAUGGAGAAGAACGUGGAUUUCCAGGGAUGGUUGGAAGCAUCGACUGUAUGCAUUGGGAGUGGAAGAAUUGCCCCACCAGUUGGAGAGGAAUGUAUUCACGAGGAACCGGAAAACCAACGAUGGUGUUGGAGGCGGUAGCUUCACAUGAUCUUUGGAUUUGGCACGCGUUUUUUGGAGCUCCAGGUACUAUGGACGACCUUAAUAUUCUCGACCAAUCACCUGUUUUUGAUGACAUUGUUGAAGGAAUAGCUCCGCAAGUCAACUACUACGUCAACGGUAGAGAGUAUAAUUUGGCUUACUAUCUCACUGAUGGCAUUUAUCCGAAAUGGGCGACUUUUAUUCAAUCUAUCCGACUACCACAGGGUCCGAAAAAUAGAUUAUUUGCUAAAUACCAAGAAUCUGUGCGAAAAGAUGUUGAGCGUGCCUUUGGCGUCCUCCAAGCAAGAUUCGCCGUGGUUAAAAAUCCAUCUAAUCUAUGGGAUAAAGCAAAAAUAAAAAAUAUUAUGAAAGCAUGCAUCAUACUCCACAAUAUGAUUGUCGAAAAUGAACGAGGUACGUAUAAUCUGCGUAACUAUUCAGAAUUUAUUGGAGAAGAAGGAGAAUGUGCAUAUACCAUUGGUGAGGAUUCAACUCUCGGUGAGACAAUUGAUCCUCUGAAAAGAAUUCGGGAUAACCAAGCUCAUCAACAAUUAAAAAAUGAUCUGAUUGAAAAUAUAUGGGAUAAAUUUGGACAUCUUCCAAAUAACAUAUAAUUAAUAAAAUUGUAUGAUUCCUUUUAUGUAUUAUUAUGAUGUUUUGAUUUUUAUUUUUAAACUUUGUAAUAAAAUGUUUGUUUUCUUUUCUGUAAUUUAUCCUUUUAUGUAUUAUUAUGAUGUUUCGAAUUUUAUUUUUAAACUUUGUAAUAAAAUGUUUGUUUUCUUUUCUGUAAUUUAUCAAUUUCAAUGUUAAAUUUAUCUUUUA